CCGCAGAUACUAUAUUUAGCGUCAUGCAGCCAUGACGUCAGCCACUAUGCGAAUAUAAAAGUCGGUGGGGAGGUGAAUGCAUCGUCAGUAGCAGCAACUCUCCCAUCAGCGCUAGGAUGGCUCUUCUCUUGUCGGUAUUUUUGGCGUGUGCCACAGUCGUUCUCGGCUCACGCCCCCAGCCCUACGGUGCCCAGCCCACCCACAGGGCCGGCUACUGCGACCCCACCACGCCCCCUACUUGUGCCUACGGCAGCGACGUCUCCUUCUGCCUGGAGGACCCCGAAUACCCCGAGUACGACAUCAAGGGCGCCAUCGAGGCGGACAAGCUGUUCGCCAAGAAGUACGCCGACGUGGCAGACCAGUCCGCCGACGAUCUGGUUGACCACGUGACCAAGUACCAGGAGGAGGCGUUCGACUACUCCUACUACACCGGCGUCUCUACAGGGUACUCCCCCUACGACGUGACCCACUGGACGGGCCCUGAGGGCUACAUCUGCCCCUCGGACGUGGCCUACGCCCGCCCCAGGCGCGCCCGCAACGUGGAGGGCAAGUGGAGGGUGAUCGUGAACAACGUGCACUACUACACCCAGACGGCGCGCCUGGAGACGUGCCUGUUCCCUCAGGCCGCCUGCCGCGCCCUGGCGCCCUGCUACAAGAGUCACUGCACCCAGAAGUACGUGUACCACCGCAUGCUCUCCUACGACCCCUGCGACCCCUACAAGGGUCUCUUCAUCGACAUCUACAAGCUGCCCUCCGCCUGCUCCUGCCACGUCGCCCCUCCCCCUCCUUCCUACGCCUAAGCCCCGCCUGAGGCGCCCCCCGAAGGCGCGCCUCCUGCCGCAGCCGAGAGAGGCUCGGCGGCCACGACACAAGUACCGACACGACCUGUAACCUUCCCCCGGCGCACAGGAGAAGCCCCGAGAUGACUUGAGAACUGCUUUCUUCACGUGCCACCACCAGCCACGCCAGGGCCUCCCGGGACGCUCCUUCCGCCGCUCUCACACUCUGCCCUUUUCACUCUCAUCUUUCUUCCUUUUUCUAUCCUGAGCCACGCUGACGCGAGAGUUGUAUUAUUUAUUAAAAUGAACUAUAUACCACU